UUCCUGAUUUAGGCUACCACUGAUAGCUGCCCAACUUCCUCACAACAGUUAUCUGGGUUGUCGUGGCUUUGACAGAGCUAUGGGCAAUGCGCAAGGGCACGCUGGGGCAGAUCCUGGAGCUGGGACUUAUUCUCGCGUCGUUAUUACGGGUCUUGAUGCUUACAAUGACGGAAGUGGGGGCAGAGUUUUGUUCAGCGCUAAAGACCACGAUGGCUUACGACAACCUCCUGAUCCGAGCACUGAGACAAGUUUGCGCCUUUUUGAAACUCACAGCCAAUCGGGUCGUGACGCCGCUUUUUGUUGUGCCUCUGAGGGCAUCCACCACGUCGAACAUCCACAUACCCAGGUCACUGAGCUGUGUCGAUAUGUAAGUCCUGUAAAGCUCAGUUGUUCCGUGACAACAGAUGAUAUUCAGGUGACACAUAAAGCGUUGAAAAUCCAAGUGGAUUUGCCCAACCUUUGGCGACAAUGGGGUUUCCAACACCGGGAUUACGGAAUUACUACGUCACUAGAAACACCACUCGGCUUCACUGUUACGGCUGCGGAGUCAUCUCCUUGUAUACGACUCACCAAGAAACAAUUUCUGUUCCUUGGUCUACAAUUCGUGAAGGCCUUACAAAACGAAACAAGGUCCAGUAAGUGAUGUCGACGUAUGACCACCUUGUUUGAUUUCUGUGCCACUCAUGUUCUUAAUUUUACUGCGUAGAGGAAUACUGGAGAGGUAUCGCCGAAAAGCUCAAUCAUGGUCUCCAAGAAGAACGGAGGCAGCAAGACAUUAUUGUGAAGGAUCUACGAACAGAAAAGAGCAAGCUUAAGGACGAGCUUGCUCAGUUUACUUUGCACAACCGGUCUCUUAUGAAGGCAAACGACGACCUUAUUGGCCGCAUUGAACAAUGGAAAUGCAAAGCGAAGGAGCUGGAAGAGUCACAUUCAACAUUCAGGAAGGAGCAAGACGGUCGACUUGCCUCUUGCAUUUCUAAGGCGAAUUCUGUAAAAGCGCAACUGGUUAAGCGACUUCAAGACCUUUCCAGAUCUACGCACCACCAGGUGGGUUUACUCUUCUUGUCAAUCCCUUGGCGUGGAUCAGGGCUCACUCGUUUUUCCUUUUCAGAGAACGGAGGCUCUUACUUUAAAGAAUCAGAAUCAAGAGUUAAAGAAGUCACUAAACAUUUGCCAACAACAAAUUAUGCUCCUGGAAUCGACCCUCGCCUCACGAGAAGCUGAGGUCGAGAGGCUUAAUGCUGAGCAUGCAUCGUUGUCCUCAUCAAUGAUGCAAAAUAUCAAGUGCCACGAAGAAGCAGUACAAGAAUCUCAGAAGAAGGCAGCAUCGAUGCAGAGCAGCUUGUCUGAGUUGGAGCUUCGUAAUGUCAGGCUCCAGCACACCCUCUCAUCGCGGGAGGCUGAUAUUCAGAGGCUUAAUGCUGACCAUGGAAAUCUGGUUUCGUCAAUGCUGCAAGACCUCAAAAACCACGAAGACGCGAAGCUUGAAUCAGAGAAGAAGCUGACGGACAUUCAGAUUAGGUUUUCUGAGUUGGAGCUUUGCAACGCCAGGCUGGAACACAAGCUUGCAUCGAAGGAUGCAGAACUUGAAAUGAUCAAGGCCGAACACAGGGUUGCAGUCGAAACAAUCCUUCAAGACCUGAAACACCAUCAAGACACCAAGUCUGAGCUGGAUGAGAAAGCGGCUUCAAUGAAGAGCACGAUUUCUGAGCUAGAGCUGCAGAACUUGACAUUGAAGGAAGAAACAGAACAACUCAAGUCUGAAGUGGAUGAGGGUCGCACGUACAAAAACGAGAUGGAGCUGACGAAGAAGAGGUUGUUACACCAUGAGACAACUCUCAUCCAAAUGCGCAGUCUUGCCAAAAGGCUUCGCAAUGAGAAGAAUGAGUUGCUUGAGAAAGUUGAGCUGCUCAAGUCAGCCAACGAAGAGCAAGAAGAUUCCAACAGUUCUCAAGUACAGGCACUUGCCCAGAAGCUGAGAAUGGUAAGAACAUUUGCUGCUAUUUUGUGCUUGUUCAUCGUGGCUGACAGGGUUGCUGCAACGUGCCAGGCCAAGAGUGAGCUAGCAGUCUGGAAGGAGCGGUGUUUGAAUCAAAAUCUCAAAUUUACAUCCACUGAAGACAUAGAAUGCUCGGCGUCAGCUGUAACAGGACGGCUCUUAAAGGUGUGUUCUAACGUUCUCUAGUCGUACAGUCAGAUCUGGCACAAGCUGACUGUCUAUUGCAUGUUUCAACAGCAACGGAUCUUUUCAAAGCCCGCCAGCCCUUCAUUGUCAUAUUCGGCUGCUUCGAUUCCAUCGCAUCCCCAUUAUGAGCUGUCUGAAGGCACAGCUGCAACGCUCUCCACAGCGAAAUAUUCUCACUCACAGGUACAGCAUUUCUGUCUUAGCAAUUUCCCUCUGCAAGAUGUCUGACCUGGCUCUGAACAGGGAGCAUCUCGUUCAUCAAAACGCUCAAGAAGGGAGC